AAUACUUUAAACAAAUCAAUCUCAGCCUUGUCAGUUAAGAAAACCUUAUUAUUGUAUGAAUCUGUUUUCUUGGUUGUUUAUAAAGUUCUGUGUCUCAGGUGGGCUGGAGCCUAUCCCAGCUGGAUGAGAGAAAGUUGUAGAAGUUUUCAGACGUGUCACUGCUGGAUGUGAGGAUGGGAGCCACUUUGCUCUGUGAGCUGGGCCUAUUCUUGCUCUGUACGCUCCUCUGCACUGGACACACUCAAGAUGCUGUGCUAACUAUUGAACCCAACUGGUCCAGUUUUUUCAUCGGAGAGUUUGUUACCUUCAAAUGUGACAUGAAUGAAGGAGAAGACACUGACUGGGAAUACACAAUCAACAAGGAUGGUCGAGAAUUUAUUCCCUACGACACAAACAAAGACUACAGAUUAACAAUUAUAUCUACAGGUGACAGUGGUGAAUAUCAGUGCUCUGGUCGCAGGAAGAGCUCACGUGAUACAAAGAUCAGUAAUACUGUCUCUAUAACUGUGUUAGAUAAACCCAGGGUGACUCUGACAGCAGGAACAACAAUCAUACCAGUAGGGGGCAGUGUGACACUGACCUGCUCUGUGCAGAGCUCUGAUGGAUGGAAAUAUGAGUGGUUCAGAGGAACCCAAACAACCUUUAUAGUUCAAAUCAGAGAUCAACAAAACAGAGAUAUCAGAGUGUCUCAAGGAGGAAUCUACAGCUGUUUCGGAACAAGAGGAAACCCAGUUUACGCCACUGAUAUAAGUGAUGAUGUCACCAUUGAGAUAACCUUUUCCAAUAAAGUUGUUGUAAAACAACAACCCAACUGGCCUCAGAUAUUCAGAGGUGAGACGAUCACUCUGACAUGUGAGGUGCAGGAAGGAGGUGAAACCACUGAGUGGGAGUAUGAAUGGAGAGGACCCAGCACACCCACACAGUGGACACACAAUAAUGAUGUGACAUUCAGAGUUUCUGAGUCCAGCAGUGGAGACUACAUGUGUAAGAGUCGGCGCAGAGAUGACUCAUAUUCUUCAACAGAGUGGAGUGAAGCCUUCACAUUGUCAGGAUCAAGUAAGUCAUGUUUGUUGUGUGAUCUCCAUUUGACAAAUGUCAUAAUGGUCAGCACAGGAUGAAUUCAAUGGUCUACAAAGCAUGUUCCAUUGUUAGUCAGACAAAGAGCUGCAGCUGAUAGUAGCCUCAUUGUAGACAGUUUGUCACCACUUUGUGUCAUCAACUUUCAGCUGGUAUAGAGACGCCAAUGCUGACCUGCUGCUCCAUCACCUGAGGACAAUAAUGACAUACAUACAUAAAC